AUGGCGACAGCGAGCAUGAAACAACUGAAGAGGAGAUCAAGAAGAAGAAUUGCUGCUGUGAAUUUUUUAUCAAAUAUUUCAUUAGAUGGUACAUAUAGGGAUACAAAGCAUGCUUUAUUCAAUCCUAAACAUCAGCGUUUGAAGGAUGAUAUUGUGGAGGAGGUGGAAAAUCAUGUCAACAAAUCAGGUGCAGAAGAACUGUGUGGUGAUGAUGAAAAUGAGUCCAAUUUAGAAGGAACUAAGAAAGUGACCGCUUUGUCAGCGGUUGAAAACAUUGUGUCAGUGAAUAAAUCCGUCCAGAACAAUGAGAAUGGGACUGUAUUACAGCGGAGACUGUCCAAGGGAAAACGGGGAAGUAUCACAGUCAGCAUUGCAGAAGAAAGAGAGAGGUUGAGAAGGGAAUCAGGACUUGGUGGUACACAAGGAUGUCAGAAAGACUUUCUCGAAAAAUCAGAUGAGAAAUCUCCAAGACGUGAAGGAACUGCUGUUUUCCAAGGAAAGGACCUUAGACAGAUGAGUGUUGAGAAUAGAAAACUGCUUGCAAAUGAAAGGUUGAUGAUUGUGUCAAAAAAGAAAACCCCCCUCGUUUUGUCCUCCACCUUGAUGUACAGUCGUAAAGCGCAGAUUCGCAGAGAUGAGGAGAAUUUUGCCAGAGCCCGUACUGCAUCAGGGUCCAAGUCAAUGUCUCAGGAGGGACUGCUGUAUCUAGGUCUGCAUGCUGUGGGGAAAGUGGAGGAAGGACAGGAUAUAUCAUAUGCUGAUUUUCUGGUUCCCUCCAAGACCCACCUGAGGAGGGUUUCAUCUGAGAAGGGACCACUGAAUGCCAUGGAGACAACUCACCUGAAUCAAAAUCUUACACCAGGUCGAGAGCUGGCACGGAGUAGAUCGCAUGACCCCAAUCUGCUCCUACAUCGACCCUCCAACGCCCCGUCUCUGGAGAAAGUUCCAGAAGAGGCUAUCCCACACCCUGAUUGGUAUGACCCAAACAUACUUGAUGACAGAGAACUUCAGUGUGGGAGCUACAAGACUCUCCUGACAUUUUCAUCAUAUGUGACAUCAGUGAUAGACUAUGUAAAACCUUCAACACUGAAGAAAGAGAUAAAUGAGAAGUUUAAAGAAAAAUAUCCAGCCAUUCAGCUGACCUUGACAAAACUUAGAAGCCUUAAAAGAGAAUUAAAAGUGAUAGCAAAUACAAAGUGUGGUUUGGACCUAUGGAUUGUUGCCCAAGCCUAUGUAUAUUUUGAGAAAUUGAUCUUGAAGCUGAUGAUAAAUAAACAGAACAGGAAGUUAUGUGCUGGAGCUUGCCUUCUGUUGGCUGCCAAAUUGAGUGAUAUCAAGGGGGCAGAGCUAAGUAAGCUCAUUGAGCAAAUUGAGGAAGAUUUUCGACUGCACAGAAAGGAGCUGCUGGUUUUUGAGUUUGCGUGUCUAGUGGCCCUCGAGUUCUCCCUACAUAUCCCUGACACAGAGGUGUUUCCCCAUUAUCAGAGACUUCUCUACCAGUCAUGACCCAGGUCCCCUGACCCAUCAUCCCGGGACAAUAACCUUGUGACCCAUCACCUGAGACAAUUCAUCACAAACUCAGCAAUUCAAGCUUAUCUCAAAGGUAUCAAAUUUGACUCCGAAGUGCACACAAAAGUAAAUUUUACAUGGAGACAAUGCCUGACUCAACUUGGCUUACUUAUCAAGUCAAUAUCAAACUCGUAUCACAGGCACUGCUAGCCCCUCUGUUCACUGGAUACCACCAGGCUGAACUCGUUUCAAAUUCAACUCCCAACUCAGUAAAAAGGACACCCAACUUGGUUAAGAGAUUGUUUUAUAAUGUAUCAAGCUAGCAUCCAAUUGCCUUCAUUCAACCAUAUCCUUCAAAGCAAUAGUAAAAAACAAGUACAGUCUCCAUCUUUAAUUUGAAAUACAUGUAUAUCCAGGUAAUGACAUUUUGGAACCUCUUUGUACCCAUUCUUCAUUUAGAAAAAUGACUGCUUAAUUAUUUGAUUUACUUGGAGAUCAUCACAUUUUUAUCACUCCAAACGGAAAUGUUUGGUUAAGUGCGGUUCACAAAUCACUGUUUAAAUAUCAAUUCAAAUAUUUUUGUGCCCUGUUAUCCUAUCAGUAUGUAAUUUGUGCAACUGGGAAACAUCCAUUCUUAAUGAUCUGUUGUAAUUUAGCUUUAAUACCACACACAUAAGUUACGGUAGUUUUUUAACUUGAAUCCAUAAUCAUAUUGUACGUAUACAUCUGAUAUGUUACGUAAUACAGACUUGGAUUUUUCAUUUUAGAAAUUGAAAAUAUUUUUUGUAUUAUUUAGUUUUUUUGCAUUUAAGUGCAUAAGAGACAAUGACGAUUAACAUUUCAAGUUUCAGAUUAUCAGUUGACUGUUUGAAAUAGUUUUUGUCCACCACAUUCCUGGGUUGUAAAACACUAAGUUUAUAGUUGGAUGUUGUUAGUAAUUUUGAUCUCACCAUGGUAUGAGCUGAUAAUUGUCUCAUUUUAUCAAACCAGUGUGUAAUUUUACCAUCAUACUUCAAAGUUUUGUCAUUUUUACAUCGGCCUUAAUUGUUUGGCAAUAAGUACAAUCAUCUAUAAUUUUUUUUUUUUUUAAAUCAAGAAUGCACAUAUUUUGAUAUUGUUCAAAACAGAAUAACAGUACUUUAUCAUUUAUUUCAAAAUCAAGAGUGUGCAUAUUUUGUUUAAUUGCUAUUAUUAGACAGGAUAUAACCCCUGUUUGGUGGCAUUAUGUAGCAAUCUUGUUAUGUGAGAAUGUCUUCGACCUUUGUUGGCUUACAAGGCCAGCAGGCUCUGGUCAGUGUUUGCUUUCCAUGCAAUAACACAAAAUUUAAUGUAUAAUUCUAGUAAAGGUAACAAUAUGCACUCUUUCCCAUUUUUUUUAACUACAUGUAUUUUUAUCCAGAUAUAUGUUAAUGAAAUAUUUAAUGAUGGCAUUAUCAAAACCAUUCAAAAUUUCUCACAACGUAAACAUAUACCUGUAUUUAGCAUGUCGUACAAUGUCACAAAAAAACAGAUUCAUGCCCUAAUUGUCUGAGCUAAAGGGGUCAGUAGGUCAAAUGGCCAGUGAGGUCAAGGAGGAAAUGUGCAUCCAAUCGUAUAUGAUAGAGAGUUGCAGAUGUAGCCCAUGAGAUCAUUGUCAUGUACAUGCUUUAUUAUAAUUUCAUAUUGAAAUGAACAAAGACUUGAUUAUUUUGUUUCUAUAAAUGUCAGAUUGUAAAUAUUGCGAUGUAAUGGAGUUGAAUAUUUUGUUAUUUACAUGUUGUGUGUACACUUUUUUGUGUAAUUCAUGUUAAAUGCAAAUAGGGCCAGCUUAAGAAUCAUGGAUGAUAUUUUUUUUGUCCGUUUGUUUUUGUAUGUAGAGUUAAUGUCCUUUUAUCAACUGUAUGUAGAGUUAUGCCUUUUUAUCAACAAUUCACUGAUUAUUUUUUUAUCAUUUUUUUUAAAAGCUACAUAAAUAGGAUUGACUGUUUAGGAUCUCAAUAGAACAAAAAUUUAAUAAUUUUAAAAAUACAAAUAGCUUUUUCAGCUUUAAUACCAUUCCAGCUAACAAAAAAAAAAAAAGAAAUGCAUUUCCUUUUUCACAGGGCUGUAACCUUUUCUCAGUACAUAUAUACUAGAAUACAAGUACAUGUAAACUAACAAAAUAAUGAUAACAUAUGAGUUUAUUUAUUAUUGCCAAACAGAGAUUUUUUAUUGUAAAUGUGAUAGAUGUGAAAAAACUAAUUGCCAUAUUAAUUAAUCACUCAAAUGAUCUCAAGAUAUCUGAUUAGAUCAGUAUGUAAAUAUAAUUUAUUUUUGAAAAAGAAGAGAAAUGAAAAUUUAAUAGAUAUACAAUAGAAAUAAAGAAGAAGAUUGUUUAAUAUUAUUUUAUCUUACUGCCAUAUAUAUUUAGGGUAGGUAUGUAAUGUUUUAGAAAUACGAGACAGAGUACAAAUUUACCGUAAUUGCUCAUGUCAGGUAUGUUUAAUAUAUUACUAUUUAAUAUCAUUGUUACUUAGAAAUCUUCAUAUAUCCCCCUUCAGUACUCUAGAUAUGAUACUAAAUUUUACUAAUGUUUAAAUAUAUGUACUCUUAAGAGAGAGAGAGAGAGACUGAGUCUUAAUGUGUUAUCCUUUCACAUGCUUCACUGAAUGAUGUAAUAUUGCAUGUCAAAGGUGAAACAGCAUACUAUUGCAUAUUGAAUAAUGUAAACAACUCAUAUUGAAGGACGUCAAAUAACAUAUUGAAAGGUUUAAAUUAACAUUGAAAAGCAUAAAUAUAUAACAUUUAUAUGCAUAUGUAUUAAAAAGUUUGCUAGUCCAAAUAGUGCUUGCUUAUAAUGUGCUCUUGUGUAUUUAUUCUCAGGAAAAAAAAAACAUACUCUAGCAUACUGUAUUUGUACACUUUAACAUUCACAUAGACAACUCUUUGCUUAAUACAUAUUAUAUACAGUUAGUCAGUUACAUUAAUUCAUUUUCAAAAUGACUAGCAAAAAAAUGCUCUUUUAGGAAACAAAAUUUUCCUUUGCUCAAUGAGUGAAAAAAGUCAUUUCCUGUGAUAGUGUGCUAUUUAUUGACGAGUGAAGUAUAUUAUAACCAUUAUUUACUAAUCAAUUAAAAAAAAUGGAAAAAUUUUAUAU